AUGACAACCGACCCGCCAGAACUUUCGGAGAAGCUGGUAAACAGCGGGCAGGGCGCUGCUGCGAAUGCAGCCGACAUGCCUGUUUCCAACCGCGCCGCAGCAAACCGGAUAUCGGGGGAAGGAGAGAACUCAGAUGACGGUGAAGAUCAACCGGCAGUAGCCGUUGAUGCUAGCGCUGCCAAGAAGAAGAAGAACAAAAAGAAGAAGCCCAAAAAACAGCCAAAGACUCAGACCGAUCCUCCAUCGAUUCCCAUCUCCCAGCUGUUCCCGAACAACACCUACCCCAAGGGAGAAGAGGUCGAGUACAAGGACGACAAUCGAUACCGAACUACCAGCGAGGAGAAGCGAUACCUGGACAAUCUGAAUUCCGAUUUCCUUUCCGAUUAUCGCCAGGCAGCUGAGGCACAUCGUCAGGUCCGUCAGUGGGCACAAAGAAGCAUUAAGCCUGGUCAAACACUCCUAGAGAUCGCCAACGGCAUUGAGGAUAGUGCGCGACGUUUAGUAGGGCAUGAUGGCCUUACCGAAGGCGACUCUUUAAUAGCUGGUAUGGGAUUUCCUACCGGUCUGAACAUUGACAAUAUUGUCGCCCAUUAUAGCCCAAACGCUGGCUGUAAGACAGUGCUUAAGGAAAGCAAUGUGCUUAAGGUCGAUAUCGGUAUCCACGUUGGCGGUCGGAUUGUGGAUAGUGCCUUUACAAUGGCAUUCGAUCCUAUCUAUGAUAAUCUACUAGCAGCUGUCAAGGAUGCAACUAAUACUGGUGUCCGGGAAGCCGGUAUCGAUGUUCGAGUCGGAGAAUUGGGUGGCUUAAUACAAGAGGCUAUGGAAAGCUACGAGUGUGAAAUCAAUGGCAAGACUCAUCCGAUAAAGGCCGUUCGUAACUUGUGCGGCCAUACAAUCCUUCCUUACUCAAUCCAUGGGACUAAGAGUGUCCCUUUUGUCAAAUCCAAUGAUAUGACAAAGAUGGAAGAAGGCGAUGUUUUUGCUAUCGAAACAUUUGGUAGUACCGGUGCCGGCCGAUGCGUCGAAGGGGGUGAAGUCUCUCAUUAUGCUCUACGCGGUGACGCAAAAAGGAAGGAUUUAACUCUGUCCUCGGCAAGAAAUGUAUUGGGUGCUAUCAAGAAAAACUUCAGCACUAUCCCUUUCUGCCGGCGCUAUUUGGACAGAAUUGGACAAGAGAAGUAUCUCCUUGGUUUGAAUAAUCUAGUGAAAUCGGGAAUUGUCGAAGAUUACCCCCCUCUGAAUGAGAAACAGGGGACCUAUUCGGCCCAGUUCGAACACACAAUUCUACUUCGGCCUAACGUUAAAGAAGUGAUUUCUCGCGGAGAAGACUUCUAA